AAUGUGAUGGGUUAAAUCCCCCCCAUGUGUCUGGAAGCUGUACCCUCCCUGUCCACAAUAGACUGACUUUGUUUCAGACAGAAACGCUUUGUGUGUGAGAGUGUGUGUUCGUGCCAGCCACAGUGAAGAUACAAGAUGAUGGAGUGACAAUAACCAGAAACCGCUGCUGGAAAGGUGAAGCUCAUUGUGAAGAUGAUGUGAAUCUGCUGUGACAGAAGAUGAGAAGGAAGUAGGAAUCAGCUUUCACUGCAACAAGGGGGGGAAAGGGACAAAGAAGCAGAGAAAAAACAUUUAAACAACACUCAAAGGAGAAUUGGUGAAGAAAAGUGUUGCUGGAUUCCAUGCACUGCAAAAAUGGGGACUCUGGUCGAACCAGCGCUGCUGCUACUUUUAUGGCAGAGUGUUUGGGCUUUGGACAUCCCUUUGGAAAUCAGGCAGCCCCCAACCAUCAUAAAGCAGUCAAUGAAGGAGCAUAUUGUUGACCCCAAAGACACCAUGAUCAUAGAAUGUGAAGCCAAAGGAAACCCUCAUCCCAUUUUCUCAUGGAGGCGUAAUGGGAAGUAUUACAACGUGGCACGUGACCCUCAAGCAUCAAUGCGCAGGCGCUCAGGGACGCUGGACAUCUAUGCCUGGAACAAUCCAGAACAGUAUGAGGCAGAAUAUCAGUGCAUUGCCUCCAAUGAGUAUGGAUCUGCAUACUCCAACAAAAUCAGACUCCGACUAUACAGAGCUCCUGUGUGGCCAAGAGAGAUUCUGGAGCCUGUGGUGAUCAGCGCUGGCUUGCCUCUAGUCCUCUCCUGUGACCCUCCACCUGGCCCACCUAAACCUGAAACCUUCUGGAUGUCCAGCUGCUCAUAUGCAAGACCUUUCAACUGGCCCAUUCAGACAGCUUUCCCCACCAUGCAGCCUGUGCGGCAGGACCGCAGGGUAUCCAUGGGAGUAAACGGAGAUCUGUACUUCUCUAAUGUCCUGUUGAAUGACUCUGCUACUGAUUACUGCUGUAAUGCCCGCUUCCCCUACAAGAAUGUCAUUCAGCAGAAGAUGCCCGUGGUUGUUAAAGUGCUUACAACUCGUACAGUGGCCGAGGCUGCCCCCACCUGGCUGUCUCCCACAGGCUCGUCCAGCUCCAUACUGGUCCUUCAAGGGGAAGAACUGCUCUUGGAGUGUGUAGCUGCAGGAGUGCCAACUCCUCAUAUUACGUGGACCAAGGAUGGUGAGAACCUGGUGGUGACUUCACGCAUGAAAAUAAAGAACUUCAACAAGAUGAUUCAAAUCCCAAAGGCCUCUUUUGAUGAUGCAGGCGAAUACGUCUGCACUGCCACCAAUAAAAUCAGAUACAUUGAGCAUACAAUAACUGUCCGGGUUAAAGCGGCUCCAUUCUGGUUGGAGAAGCCAGCUGAUUUGGUUUUGGCCCCUGAGGAAAAUGGACGCUUGGUAUGUCGUUCUGACGGGGUUCCUCGUCCCACAAUCAGCUGGUUCAUCAACGGGGAGCCAAUUGACACUGCUACAUCACAGCCUAACAGACAGGUGUCAGGAGACACGCUGACUUUACGCAGUGUGACUGCUGAAAACAAUGCCGUCUACCAGUGCAAUGCUUCCAAUCAAUAUGGUUACUUAUUGGCCAAUGCUUUUGUCAUCGUGCUACAUGCAACGCCACGUAUUCUUGGGCCCAGGAAUGAACUCAUCAAGGUGACAGAGGGCAGUCGUACCUUCUUAGACUGCCGCUUUUUUGGUUCUCCAGUGCCUGAGUUGCGAUGGUCUAAAUAUGGACAGGGGAAUCUUGAAGGGAAUCGUUUUAAGACCCACAGUAACGGGACUCUUGAGAUAAAACGCAUACAGAUAGAGGACCAGGGAACUUACCUGUGUAUAGUCAGCAACAUCGCAGGAAGAGAUGAGAGUCAAGUCCGAAUAGAGGUCAAAGAGCCCACUUUAAUUGUCACCAGACCACAGAGUAUGAAAGUCAUCCGUGGAAGUGAUGUGCGCUUUGAGUGUGGUGUUAAAGCAGAUGUUACUACUCCCGUUACAACCAACUGGAUGAAAGAUAAAACGCUGGUCACUCUUGGCUGGAGAAUCUCUCUAGAUGAAUCAAAUCUGGUCAUCACUAAUGUAAACAGAGGUGAUGAGGGCAAUUAUACCUGUGUCAUCAAGAGUGAACUGGACCAGAAGUCUGCCUCAGCACAACUAAUGGUGAUGGACCGGCCAGAUCCUCCAACUCACUUGGAAUUGUCAGAUCCAUAUGAACGUAGUGUAAGACUCAGUUGGGUCCCUGGAGACAGCAACCACAGCCCUAUUACAGAGUACUUAGUGCAGUAUGAUGAUGAUGACUGGUUGCCUGGAAAGUGGAGAAACCUGUCAACGUACCCAGGGAACCUCAACAAUGUCAUUCUACAUCUUACACCUUUCACCUACUACGAGUUCCGGGUCAUCGCUAUCAAUGAAAUCGGAAUGAGUCGCCCUAGUCGUCCAUCUAUGCGCUUCCAGAGCAGUGGUGCACCCCCAGAUGUCAUCCCAAGGAAUCUAAAGGGUGUGGGUACAUGGAGGAAUAACAUGGAGAUCAGCUGGGAGCCUCUCACCUACAGAGAGUGGAACGGGCCCCACCUGAAGUAUCUAGUCUGGUGGAGAAGGAGAGAUUCCCGAGAGGAGUGGAAGAAUGCAACCACUAAAUGGCUGAAAUACUACAUCUACGAUGCAGAUACCUUCACUCCUUAUGAGAUCAAAGUCCAGGCCGUCAACGACUUUGGGCUGGGUCCUGAGUCUCCUGUUGUCAUUGGUUACUCUGGGGAAGACCGUCCCAUGACUGCACCCCUGAACCUGAGGGUGUCCAACAUUGAGAGCACUGAAGUGACUGUGCACUGGGACCCAGUGUCACGCAACUCUAUUAUGGGAGAACUGAAAGAAUACAAGGUCUACUACUGGAGGGACAGCAGCCAGCUGAGGUGGCUGAGGGUCAACAGAGCGAUGAAGUCUAAAGCUUUUACAGACAAUGGUCCAGAGCCCUCUGGGGUCCUCACUGGGCUCAUCCCCUAUAGCAACUACAAGAUGUAUAUAGUGGUGGCAAACAAUCGAUAUGAGGGACCGCCCAGUAAUAAUAUACACUUCUCAACACCUGAAGGAGUACCAUCUGCUCCCACAUCCUUUAGGAUACAACAGCGACACCUGGACAGUAUUUAUGUCGACUGGGACCUGCCAGCAGAACCCAAUGGGAUCAUUACUGGCUAUUCCCUCAAAUACCAGACAGUGAAUGCCACCAGGGGAGAGGAGGUGCGAGUUGAGGAGUUCCUUCCAAAUGUAACAAGUUUCUCUGUCAGGCGAUACGACCGCUACACUCGAUACCGAUUCUCCGUGGCGGCACUAACUCGGAUCGGUAUAGGGGAAUGGCAUACGGAGGAGUCACCCCACUACACCACUGAAAUUUAUGCUCAGGACCAAGUGGACAUCUCCACUCAGGGCUGGUUUAUUGGGAUUAUGUGUGCUGUGGCUCUUAUCGUGCUCAUCCUACUUAUAGUCUGCUUCAUCAAGAGGAGCCGAGGGGGGAAAUACCCAGUACGGGAGAAAAAAGACAUUUCACUGGAGCUGGUGGAUGACAAAGAUCAGGAGGGAUCAUUUGACUACCGGUCUCUUGAAAGGAUCGCACGUGUCUCCACUCUGCCUUACCCCCGGCGAGAGGAGGAAAGAGGGCUUCAAAGAGGCCAGCCAUCUAUGGAGGCAAUGAUGAAACGAUCAGACAGUGAUGAUAGUCUGGUGGACUAUGGUGAAGGAGGAGAGAUACCAUUCAACGAGGACGGCUCGUUCAUUGGCCAGUACACAGGAACCAGGAGAGAUAUCAGGGACUUGGACUUUGGUGGAAGUCUGGAGCUCCACUCUCCGAUGAAUACCAUCUACUCCCUAGCAUAAAACUCAACAUUCAAACUGCCUUCUUGAUUUCAACUCAACCAUUUUUCAUGUGACUUUACAGUGUUUGUACCCUCCACCUUGAAUUACGAAUUUGUGGUGCAUGUGGUAUGUCUGCAGGAGGAACAACUGGGGCCUUAGGUGCUGUUACCCCCUUUGUCCUUCCAGGCAAAGCAACUUUCAUGCAUUUAAAGAAGAGAAUGGUGAAAUAGUUGAGACAAUAGAGAUGAGAUACUUAUUCAUCUGAUGAAAAGCAAGCUUUACCUUUCGUGUUUCAUAUUGCAUUUUCCUGUAAAUAAAAAUGUGUGUUUGUGCGUGUACAUACGCAUGAGUACAUGUUAAAUUAUCCUGUCAAUGGAGAGAGGCUGCACAUCAGAGGAGACAGAAGUGGAUCAGUUUAUCAUGUUGAUAAAAGCAGUUGCUAUGACCAGUUUAACUACUGUUAUUGCAUCUUUUUCUCUCAGCUAAUUUAAAUAAUGAGAUUUGUGUUAUUUUUGUAUGUUGACUGUUUGAAAUAAGGACUGCAUACCCUACUUUUACAAUAAGGGGAGCCACAAUGUAAUACCUGAACUUCGAUUGUCUCCUCUUUGUUUUAUACACUAGUGUUAUCGGUGAUGGGUGAAGGAUCAUUAAAUAUCUCAAGGGACUAAUGAUUCACCUUCCCAAUCAGUUUGCACAUUGUGCUCUGAUGGGAGGGAAGAGAACAAAUUAUUUGGAGAAAGAGGAAGCAGCCAUGAACCAGCUGCAAAAUCAGAAAUUGCUCAUGUUUCUCAAUAAACUUAGCUUAUCUGUCCCUCCAUUUCACUCUCUAUGGAGAUGGAUCAAAAUUAUUAAUCUUGAUUAAACAGCUUUAGUGUAUUUGAUCUCUAACAUCAUCUGUGCAUUACCAGUUGUGUCCUAAAUGUAAAUAAUAUAUAAAUAAUAUUUACAAAUAUUUAUUCCUAGCAUGUUUAAUUUUACUCUGAAUGUUGAAUUCAGCUGCUCAGUUUCCUAAAGGGGUGGUUUAUUAUUCUUUGAAUAUAAUUCCUAGAAUUAGUUUUAAAGGUGCUGUAGAAGGGAAAACUGUAUUGCACAUCACUAGUGUGGGGCCACUAAGCCAUGCCCUUUUCUGUGCUCGGGGAAGUUGACCCUUCAGAAGCAAGUGGGUUUUCGGGGAGGGGGCCUUAAAGAGACAGAAGCUAAAACUGAGUGUUCAGACAGAGGGUAAAAAGAGGAGCUGAAGCAGUGUACAGUAUGGGAAAUGUGUUUUUUGAACAUUAAAGCAUGUGAACAUUUUCUAGUAGAGACCCUAAAUAUAAGUAUGAACCUGAAAGUAAGUAUUCUACGGCACCUUUAACUGCUUGCUUGUGUUGGAACCACCAAAUAGUGCACUUCUUUUUCUUAAGAGUAAAGUUCAACACUCUUUGAAAUGUGCUUAUUUGCUUUCUUGAGUUGAGAAGGCCAAUACCACUCUAAUGAUUGUACACUAAUUAUGAAGCAACCACCUGCAGCCAGCAAACCUAGCUUAGCAUAAUGACUGGAAACAGCUGUCCUGGUUCUGACCCAAGAUAACUGAAAGAUUUUCCUUCUGAUUUCUGCUGCCUAUGUACUUUGAAUAGACUGGCUACUGCAGUUGGGUUAAAGUUACUCAACCUAAGAAUCUAUUAUUGUGUGUGGUGCAGCCUGGUUGCUAACUGCUCUUUUGUUUGCUUUCAUCGCCUGUUUACAAACAUUUCAUCAACAACAUGGCUGUGUUUAAGAACUGAAAUCUGCUUAACGUUAGGAAGGCAACAUUCACGAGCUGGAGAAUAAAAUCUGGGAAAAGGAAAAGCUGAUUGAGUUUUUACCUGUUGUGUUAACCCAGUCUAAGCAUAUGUCCCAUAUUCAGGCUUUUGCAGGCCACAAUCUCUGCCUCUGCUGCAACUCACCAUCGACUGGUGCUGGAGCCAGCAUCAGGCUUAAUACCCAAGUGGGGAUCCCGGUGACUGUGGAGGAGUCUGUCUGGUGAGUGUGACACUGAUUUGAUGGUGUCAAGCUGAGCUGAGUGCUCUCACCCCAUCAGCAUUGGCUGCUGAGUGGGAUCCAGACCCAAGGCAACAGUUCUUACCUACCCACCCAUAGGACCAUUCUCUGGACACCACCUUCCUGGUCCAAAGUGGUUCACAGCAGGAGCUGCUUAGGGGCUGUAACAUAACACCCUCAUCUGGAGCUGUAGAAACCAGGCUCAGGCCCACCCAUUAGAUGCUACAUUGGCCUCUCGUUUACUGGACCUGGAUGUGGCACCCUCUGAGUGGCCGAGCGACAUCCCUCCAACGCUUUAUGUUGCUCAGAAGUUUUGCCAGCCAGCACAGGAAAACAGCGCAUUCAACCCCUGCAGUGGUCAAGUCUUCCUCCUCGUCCCGCUGCAGGUUGCUGAAAGAGGUUGGAGAAGCUCUAGAAGUCUCACCCAUCUGGAGACAGAAGAGAAAAAGGAUGCCGCCCCCUUGUUUUAUCAGUCCCUGGAUACAUCCAUCCAUCCACAGUCAUGAAUGCGGCACACACUAUGGAUCCUGAACAUGCUCUGUUUUGUCCUGAGAGAGCUCAGCCUGCAUCCGCUUUUCUCCCCCUCAACUCCUGAUUGUCAGU